AUGGAUGAAAACUAUGAUGAGAGGAGGAAGGACGGUAAUAUCGAGGACUUCGCGAUUGAAAUGAAAAAGAGGCUUUAUACAGAUGUUACUAGUGCAGCCACAGAUGUGUUCCAAAAUGUUGAUGUCGUUAGCGGCACAAUUCAACAAAAUAUCACCGCCGUCCAACAGCUUUGCAAUGGGCUCGCAGAUGCGCUCGAUAAAGAACUACAUGGUGGAGCACAAGGAACAGUCAAGCGUGUAAAGGAUGAGGCGUUGCAGAAGGGAGGACUCGUUUCCGGUAUUAAAAACUGCAUCUGCGACUGUGGUAAUUGCAAAAACCAAGACUGUGGCAAAAAAGCCGCCGCGGAAUUGAUAAUGUGCGCGCUCACCUCUACAGUGCGACAGGUCGGCAACGAGCUUUAUUCUGUAUUUCUCUACGGCGACAGGAUUCACAAGGACAGCGGAAGGAGCAUCGCAGCCAUCUUGGACCAUAUUACGCCUAUUGCUAAGAAACUUGACGGUGAACUUCAAGCGGCAACUAAAACACCACCAGGCCAACCCUUUCCUACGACCCCCGAUGCUGGCACAGCCCAAGCCGUUGACAAGAAGUUGGAGGCAGUGAGGGAUGAGGUUAUUGGACUUGUAGGGAAAUUUAAUUCGCAAGUCAAACAACCACUCGCCCUAGAGGUAGAAAAGCUUGGACCAGCCGUUGACCAGUUCAACUCCAACGCCGAAACUCAGAUCAGGGCUGCGGCCAGGACGGCGAUUACAGCGGCGGCUGAGCAGAUUAGUAACAGUGCUGAUGUAAGUGACAGUGACAUGAAGAAGCUGAUGACCAAUUUCAGCGGUCAGUUCUCUAAGAUCACUGAUCAAAAUGAUGGCCUCCAACCACAACUUCAAGGUCUGCUUAAUGAUCACAUUGGGCAGGAUGAUCCGCCAAGUCCGUCAGGUGGUAUAGCUGAGAAAGUCAAGAUUACUGACAAAAGCUUUCCGCUCUACAAUGGUCACGUUAAACAAGAAAAUCCGAAUCUUAAGAAAGGUCAGCUAGAAGGCAUUCAAGGCGAAGGCCAACUUCCACUGGCGAUCGGUAACAUCAAGACUGUGGGUCUAGCGGCGCUUAGUAUCAUUGAAAAGAAUGGCGGUUCCAAUCAAAUUGAUAAAGAUACUUUCAUCGGUCCGUUCACCGAAAUUACGAAACAGCUUGGAGAAAUCAGGAAAUUGGUUGCUGCUGAUGGCAUCCUUGGCAAGGGAGAUAGAGGCGUAAAAAAUCUUUUAGCUGAACUUCAAAAUGGGCUUCAACUAGGAACGUUGGACGGCGCAGCUGAAAAAGGCCUUGAGCAAAUCACAAAAGCUAUUAGUCUUCUGCAAACCGGCAACUUUAGAAGCGGACCCGAAGCAAUCGACACAGCCGUCAAAGCAAUUAAGGCGCAGCUUGGAAAGCUUAGAGAGAAGUUGCAAAAUCCUAAAGGCCAAAAAGAAGAUGUUAUUUUGACAUUGAAAGAUUUACAAAACGAGGGCCUUGGUAAGGGUGCUUGGAAUGGUAAAACAGUCAGCGGUCUCGGUAAAAUCCAAGAUGAGCUUAAAGGUCAACUGGCUAUAUUGGCCAAGCAACCCGGAGAAAUUACCGCGGCCAUAAAGACAAUAGUGAUGGAAAUCGGAACUCUCGGAUACAGGUUGAAUAAUAUCUUUAAUACAACAGACCUGGUUGACACAUUGCGGUCGUUGCAGAGGAAGAUUGGGAAGACGGGGAGAUAUAAAUAUAAAGAUAAUCUCCUGAAAAUUUAUGAUGUAAUUAAGGACCUUCAUGACAAUCCGUUAAAAACACAUCCCCAGACCAUAGACGGAGCCAAGCAACAAAUUGCAGAUGAACUCACUGCCCUUCAAGGUGAGUUGCAAGGCUCCAAGCCAGGCAAGGAUGUCAUAAAGUCACUGGAGGAUUUGCAGAGCAAUGGACUAACUGAGAAAGAUUGGAAACCAAAUAACAGUAAUAAUAAUAAAGGCCUCGCAAAAAUUAAUAGUGAACUUCAAGGUCAACAAAAGACGUUGACCACACAGCCCGGCGCAAUCGGCGGUGGCGUCGACCAGAUCACCAAGGAGCUUGACGAUCUCAGACAGCAGUUGAACACUGAAGUCACCGUGAAGCUGCAGAAGCUGAGAGAGCAUGGCCUUGAAAAAGGUGAUACAGAGUGGAGUGAAGGUAACAAUAUCAAUGGCCUCGUCAAGAUCAGGAAUUAA